GGAAAGGAAUAUCGUGGCUGAGUGCUAAUGCUUGAUUGAUUGUCUUUUUCUAGGGCAGUCGACAGCCAUCACAACUGUCCUAUUAAUGAGGAUAGAAGCUGAAGCUGGAUAAGCUCACCCAAACCAAAACCACGGUUAAAACCAUCGUACUUCUGCCAACUGAUUCAUCAGCGCCAGCCCCAGUGGGAGUCCCACAGAUAUUGGACGCUCUCUCCAUAUUUAAUUUUCCCUCAGCUGUUUCCCAACUCCAUAACUCUUCUUAGUUCUUGCUAAGUUUUAUAUUUUGCUUUUGCAAUUUUCAUAUUUUGGCUCAGAUUCUGAAAUGGCAACCUCAAAUCCAACUCCAGAUGAGUCAUCAGCUCUAGAGCUUAUUAGACAGCAUCUUCUUGGAGACUUCAGUUCCACUGACGUCUUUAUCAGUAAUCUUGAUUCUCAUAUCUCUUCUCUCAACUGUAAUCUCCAACCCAUCAAACUCGAGUACCAUGAUUGUCUUUCCGCCUCAGAAUCUUACUCUCCUGUAUCUCCCACCACUCACUCUACCCAUCAAAGCUGCAAUUUCAGACCAAAAACCGAACUUGUAGAUUCAACAUCUCCGGAGCGUUCUGAUUCUGCUGAGCAUUAUCCCCUGCCAGAACCCCUGUUGGAUCCCAAGCCCACGGAUGACGAAGACAAGAAGCAUUACAGAGGGGUACGAAGAAGGCCUUGGGGAAAGUUUGCGGCGGAGAUCCGUGACCCGAACCGCAAAGGUAGUCGGGUUUGGUUAGGAACAUUUGACAGUGAUGUAGAUGCUGCAAAAGCUUAUGACUGCGCUGCAUUCCGAUUGAGAGGCAGAAAAGCAAUCCUGAAUUUUCCUCUGGAGGCUGGACUGGCUGAUCCUCCGGCAAACACCGGCAGAAAGAGAAGGAGAGUGAAGAAAGCGGAAUUGUCGCCGGAUUCUGUUGACUUCCCAUCAGCGAUUUCUGAGGUGGAGGUAAUAUUUUGCGAGGAGCAACUGUCACCGUUACCGCGGAAGCCGGUUUUAAUGACGUGUUAGUACACGAUUGGUGAAAGUUUAGUAGGGGAUCGACGAUGAACUACCUUGACUUCCCCAUUGUAGAUUGUACAGUAACGCAAAAUAUCUCAAUCAAAAUCUUAAUCAUUGAACAAACAGUUCAAUGACACGUGUUUAUCCUAUAACUAUGAUAUUUAUGAAACGUAAUGCAGGUAAUAAUUCCCUAUUAAGA